GAGGAGGAUGUCUUUCUUCACUGAAAACAAAUGGUGUCGCUAGACUGAGAAGGGACUGAUGGUCUGUGGAUAACUGAAGGGGUGCAAGGAAACACUGCCGUCAAUGUAGUGCUGCCAAAACUUUGUCUGAUAUCUUGCUUUUUGAUUGGAAGAAUUUUUUUUAAGUGCUGGAAUUUGGACUGCUGAAACAAUCCAUCUGGGCAACAUUGUGAAAUGUUUAUGUCCUGAACUGCUGAUAAAAGUGCUCUGCUUGCAAACGGCAAGAGCUAUAAAUUGAGUUGUUGCGGUGUGUCUUUCCAAGUCCUGGUCAGAGAAGAAACUUAAUACCGCAGCUUAUGUAGUUUCCCAAGCUGACCUCCAUUUUGGGAAUAGCAAGGGACUUGGAAAUGGGUCCUGACAGCAAAAUUGCGUCUAAUAAAUAAGCAAGAUUGCAAAACGGGUGCACAUGGAUGGGACUUCUCUGUGAAUGAACAGUAACAAAGCCGAAAGGAAAGCGGACUUCUUUCAGAGGGCUUUUCAAAGCCAUCCCAAUGGAAGCUGAGGCAGCAGGAAGCCCAAUGCCAGCCAGCAAGAGAGCUGCCAGCAAACCUCUCCGGAUAGCCCUUGGCGUGUUUGUGACUAGCACGGUCCUGCUUGGCACUGUGCUCUUCCUGGUUAGCCAAGACCUUAUAAAGUUUCACCCGAAGCAAGAGUAUUGCUUGACUCCUGAAUGCAUCGAAGCUGCUGCUGCCAUCAAAAGCAAGCUAAAUACAUCUGUGGAUCCCUGUGAUAAUUUUUUCCGGUUUGCCUGUGAAGGAUGGAUACAAAAUAAUCCAAUUCCUGAAGAUUCUUCAAGUUAUGGAAUCUAUCCAUGGUUGAGGCAUAACGUAGACCUCAAGUUGAAAGCUCUUCUAGAGAAGCCUCUUAGUAAAAGGAGGGACAGUGAAGCUGUACAGAAGGCCAAGAUACUUUAUUCUUCAUGUUUGAAUGAAAAUAAAAUAGAGAAGACCGAUGCAAAACCACUUUUGAACAUGCUAAAACAUUCUCCAUUCCGCUGGCCUGUGAUGGAAUCAAACCUUGGGCCUGAAGGACUGUGGUCAGAAAGGAAGUUCAGCAUGCUCCAGACCUUGGCCACUCUUCGUGGCCAAUAUAGCAGUUCUGUUUUCAUCCGAAUGUAUGUGGCUUCUGAUGAUAAGCUCUCUAAUGAGCACAUCAUAAAGCUAGAUCAAGCAUCUCUGUCUCUGUCAGCACGGGAAGACUACCUAGAGAACACUACAGAAGCAAAAUCUUACAGAGACACCCUGUUCCAGUUCAUGGUUGACACAGCUGUGCUUUUGGGUGCCAAUGCUUCACGUGCAGAGUUGGACAUGAAGUCUGUACUUAAGCUGGAAGUCAAAAUAGCUGAGAUAAUGAUUCCACAUGAAAAUCGAACCAGUGAAUCUAUGUACAACAAAAUGAAUAUAUCUGAACUUAGCACCAUGAUUCCACAGUUUGACUGGCUGGCAUACAUCAAGAAGGUGAUUGACACCAAGGUCUAUCCUGAACUGAAAGACAUAGAUGCUUCAGAGAAUGUGGUUGUCCGGGUGCCCCAGUACUUCAAAGAUUUAUUCAGGAUACUGGAGAGUGAAAGGAAAAAGACUAUUGCCAACUAUCUGGUGUGGAGAAUGGUGUAUUCAAGAAUAUUUAACCUCAGCCGACGUUUUCAAUAUAGGUGGUUGGAGUUUUCAAGGGUAAUCCAAGGGACGACUUCCUUACUGCCUCAAUGGGAUAAGUGUGUGAACUUUGUGGAAAGUGCUCUUCCUUAUGUUGUUGGCAGAAUGUUUGUAGAUCUACACUUCCAAGAAGACAAGAGGGAAAUGAUGACAGAGCUGACUGAAGGGAUUCGUUGGGCCUUCAUGGAUAUGCUGGAAAAAGAAAACACCUGGAUGGAUCAGGAAACCAAACACAAAGCGACUGACAAGGCAAAGGCAGUUUUGGCAAAAGUGGGUUACCCUGAAUUCAUAAUGAAUGAUACAUAUAUUAAUGAAGGCAUAAAAACAAUGAAGUUUUCAGAAACGGACUAUUUUGGCAACGUACUUCAAACCCGCAAACAGGCAGCGCAGUCUGAUUUCUACUGGCUGAGAAGAGAAGUUCCAAAAACAGAGUGGUUCACUAGUCCAACUACAGUCAAUGCCUUUUACAGUUCAUCUACAAAUCAGAUCAGAUUCCCAGCAGGAGAACUCCAGAAGCCUUUCUUUUGGGGAACAGAGUAUCCCAGGUCUUUGAGCUAUGGUGCCAUUGGAGUAAUUGUUGGACAUGAGUUCACCCAUGGAUUUGAUAAUAAUGGUCGUAAAUAUGACAAAAAUGGAAAUUUGGAUCCCUGGUGGACUUCGAAUUCUGAAGAAAAAUUUAAGGAAAAAACAAAAUGUAUGAUCAACCAAUAUAACAACUAUUACUGGAAGAAAGCAGGCUUGAAUGUAAAAGGAAAGAGGACAUUAGCAGAAAACAUUGCAGACAAUGGAGGUUUGCGAGAAGCGUUCAGGGCCUAUAGGAAGUGGAUCAAAGAAAAGAGGCAAGGGGAGGAAGAGCCCCUAUUACCUGGCAUUGACUUUACCCACAAUCAGCUCUUCUUUCUCAGUUAUGCUCAUGUGAGAUGUAAUUCCUUUAGACCAGAAGCUGCAAGAGAGCAAAUCUACACUGGAGUUCACAGUCCUCCUCAGUUCAGAGUGAUUGGUGCUAUGAGCAAUUUUGAGGAGUUCAGGAAUGCUUUCAGCUGCCCAGGGAAUACUACAAUGAAUCGAGGUGCAGACUCCUGCCGGCUUUGGUAGCAGUUCCUCUGGAAUCUUGCACUGAAAUCACUCCCCCCUUUUAAGAGUUCCAAAUUGUUAAUAAGCUAUCAGUGUUCCAGAACAGCAUUGACCAACCGUUGGCCAAGAAUUGUGGGGGAUUUUUGAUGCAUCUUCAUCUGGGUGGGUGAGCUACACCAAUCUACUAUUAUUUAAUUGCUUGUUCAAGAUAAAGGGACUAUUUAAAGUACUGGAUACAGAAAAGAAUGGUUUUCAUCAGAAAAAUAUAUAGCCAUGGGUUUUCCCUCAUCAAUAAGCUUUGCAAUCACUUUGAAUCUAUGCUUUAGCAGGUCGAUCCCAUAUGUUUGUUCAGAAGCAAAUGGUACUGUAUUCAAUGCUAGCAAAAUUGAGGUGGCAUACUUUUUCAGAAGAUAGGGUUGAAGAAACAGUCUUUGUCUGGUGCCAGGAUGCUGUUUUGAUAUCAGUCAAUGGACAUAUCCAAAAACAUCCACAUCCACACCUUCAAUCUCUUUUAUUCAUACUCAGCAGUUAUGUGUCUUUUCCUUAACUUUCCUCUGUCCCAGUCAAGGCAGCUUUGGGAAUUUAAGUAGAAGAACAUCAAGUAAGGAUGGGGCUGCUUCACUGAUUCCCCCUGGGUAAUCCCGCUCCCCCUGCAAAAUUACACUUGCUUUCCAAGCUCUUGUACCCACUGUGGUUUAAAAAAAAGACACAAGUGACUACAUCAUGUUUAGUUUGAAUUGUCCUCCCUCCCUCCAUCUCUUCCUCCCUUCUUUCUGUGAAUACAUCUGCACAUAGUUCCACAUUUCCUCUACUAGCAAUUCAGAAACUCAGAGGCAAAAACUGCUACUAACAACAGAAGGGAAGAGGACACACUUUGCUCUGUAAAUUUAACUUCCCUGCACUUAACCCAGGUGCUCAACAGUAGUUUUGUACCCUGAACAUGGAACAGAGAUCAAAACAGUAGAUUUUUUUUACCUGUGACAUGCAUAAUUUUGAUAAAGGAUGUGGAACCAGCCUGGGAACUGGAGAGGCAGAGCUUGUUCCCAUAAUCACAGUUUAAGUGGUCUUUAUAUACUGUAUUUUUCGC